CACCACUCGAAGUCACGAACCUGUGGAGUAGACAAAGCGCCUCUGUUUCCCUCUCUUUCGUUUGCUCACUUCACAGAUCUAUCAAAAAGCUUCUCCUUCAAUUCUCAUUCCAGUUUUUGUCUCUAGAUUCUCUUUCUACAUACUUAUUCACGACUCUCUGAAGAAUCUGCAAUCGCUUUGAGUUACUGCUUUGACUUGGAGCUCCGUCUGUUUUAUUCAUAAACCUCAAAAGCAUAAACCCCUACUUUUUUUGAGUUUUAGCGUUUGAGAUAACUCUUUUUGCUCUGUGGAUCUGUGAUCGUUGAAUCGAGAAGGAGAAGGUUUGAGCUCGAUCUUUUUCUUUUGUCCCGAUAAUGGCGUCUCCAUAUCCUGCCCCCGCAGUCAGUGCUGUUCAGGUUGGCUCCUACUUCGUUGGACAGUACUAUCAAGUUCUGAAAAAACAGCCUGAUCUUGUUCACCAUUUCUACAGGGACCAGAGUACCAUGACUCGUAUCGAUGGUGAUUACAUCGAGUCGGCUUCUUCGUUGCUGCAAAUCCAUACGAUUAUCACAUCACUAAACUUUACUGCAAUUGAGAUCAAGACAAUCAAUUCUCUUGAUUCUUGGAAUGAAGGUGUACUGGUGAUGCUUUCAGGAGUCGUCAAAAUGAAGGAUUACAGUGGCCUGAGGAAGUUUGUGCAGACCUUUUUCCUUGCUCCUCAGGAGAAGGGUUAUUUUGUUCUUAAUGACAUCUUUCAAUUUAUUGAUGACCAAACAAUCUACCAACAAUAUUCAGUUCCCAUAUCCUCUGAAAACACGCAUCUAAAUGCUUCUAGCCCUCAUCUAGAUCCUCCAGUUUCGGACUAUGUUUUGGAGGAAGAGGCAAGGGAGUUUGUGAGCUCAGUGCGUAUUGAAGAUGACCCUGUUGACAAAUAUAGUCUUCCAGAGCAACAGCAGCCAGACUUUGAUGCUGAAAUUGUGGUGGAGGAAGCUCCCGUAGAAGAGAUGCAUGCUUCAAUGCAAAGUGUUGUCAAUGCUGUACAAGAACCAGUGGCUCCUACUGCAGAAGAACCUGUUGGGGAGCAGCCAAAGAGAACAUACGCUUCUAUUCUGAGAGUACACAGGGAACAUGCUACAUCGUCAGUUGCUAGUCAGACGAUUAUUAACAUGAAUACCCCAAAUGCCUUUGAUUGGAAUGACGUACCAGUACCGCCCUCCACUACACGGCAGCUGGACUCUACGUCAUCCUGGUUGCCUGAGUCUGGAGUUGAAACAGCUGAUGAUGGUUUCUCGCAAGACGAAGGUGAACCAAAAUCUGUCUAUGUGAGAAAUUUGCCCUCCGAUGUUACUGCUGAAGAGAUUGAACAGGAGUUCAAAAAUUUUGGAAAAAUCAAGCCUGAUGGCGUGUUUGUCAGGAAUCGCAAGGAUGCAAUUGGUGUUUGCUAUGCUUUUGUAGAGUUUGAAGAUCUUGCAAGUAUUCAAAAUGCAAUCCAGGCUUCUCCCAUACAUUUGGCUGGAAGGCAAGUCUACGUCGAGGAGCGGAGAGCAAGUAGCAGCGGUGCUCGGGGAGGAAGGAGAGGAAGAGGAAGAGGCAGUUACCAAACAGAGGCUCUGAGGGGGCGAUUUGGUGGACGUUUGGGCAGGGGAAGCAACCAAGAUGUCGGAGACUAUAGUAGACUAAGAGGCAAUGGCUUUCCUCAGCGUGGUUCUCGAUAAACAGAGGAUCUUGCAUUUACAGGCAUUUAAUCUAGGUUCUUCAUCCAAGUGUGAGGAGGCUUUUUGGGUUGCUAAUUCCAUAUUGUUCACCCACCUUCUACUGGUUGCAGGGAAAACAUAUUUGGUUCUGUUGUAGGUGUGACAUUGUACAAGGAAUGUUGAGACAUUUUUGUAGUCCCCUUGAAUGGAUUUUAUCUGCAAUUCAAGCGGGAAUUUUUUUGGAGUGUCCUUGUAUUGUGAGUGUGAGUGCAAAGCGGCUUUCCCUUGUACUCUAGGUUUUAUAUUUUGCAUGAUUUUGAGGUUGGCUUGCAUGCAUCCCUUGUCUUUUUACAUGUUAUAUUAACUUAUUAUGGUUACGAAAACUGCAGUAGGUUUGCUAGGAAAGUACCUCUGGGAACAUAUUCCACCAAAGCUGAAGAGUUGGGAACUAUUACAUAAGACUUUUCGUGCGUCUUA